GGCUGAGGCGCUGGCAGUCUGCUUUGCAUGAAUCCUGGGCUCCAAGUUAGUGGCUGCAGCUUCGAUAUUUCCUGUCAGCCACACAUACACAGAGCCGAGCGAGGGCGGAGGAGAAGCGGAGAGGGAUGGCAGAGAACAGCUCCGAGACGAGUAGCUCCGGUCUCCGGAGAUGUUUGGCCCAUUCCCCGGCGGACAGAAAUAUUUCAUCCGGUGUCGGCGCGGCAUCGAAAUGGAUUCGAUUAAACGUCGGGGGGACGUAUUUUUUAACUACAAGACAGACGCUGUGUCGAGAUCCAAAAUCAUUUCUGUACAGACUGAGCCAGGCUGACCCCGAGCUCGACUCCGACAAGGAUGAAACUGGUGCCUAUCUCAUCGACAGAGACCCUACGUACUUUGGGCCAGUGCUCAACUACUUGAGGCACGGCAAACUGGUGCUCAACAGGGACUUGGCAGAGGAAGGUGUGCUAGAGGAAGCCGAAUUCUACAAUAUCACAUCAUUAAUAAAGCUCAUCAAGGACAAGAUCAGGGAACGCGACUGUAAAACAUCACAGGUCCCGAUGAAGCACGUGUAUCGGGUGCUGCAGUGCCAGGAGGAGGAGCUGACUCAGAUGGUGUCCACCAUGUCGGACGGCUGGAAGUUCGAACAGCUGGUCAGCAUAGGCUCCUCUUACAACUACGGAAACGAAGACCAAGCCGAGUUCCUGUGUGUAGUCUCCAAGGAGCUGCACAAUCAAUCAUACGGGACAAACAGUGAGCCCAGUGAGAAGGCCAAGAUCCUUCAGGAGAGGGGCUCCCGGAUGUGAAGAGGAUUCCGUAUUAAGAGCUCCAGGUGUUAUGAUGCAAACAUAUCAUCUUUGUGGAAGAACGUUAGGCACAAUGGAGAUUUAAAGGGAGGGGUUGUGCUUUUUAUUUUGUGUUUUCCCUCCAACUUUAGUUUUUAUUUCUUGAUGUAAAUAAGUCUGUUUACUGACAAAUUGUGCCUGUACAUUUAAACUGGACCUUCUUUUUUAAAUUAGUGAAAAGUUUUGUUUUUCUAAUUGAAAGUAAGAAAUUGCAAUCUUGCGUAUGUUUUAUGGUAUAAAAUAUGGCCGUCAUCAUUUAAGGCCAAUGAUUCACUCAGGGUCAUCUGUUGAGUUAAUUCUUAUAUCCUCCAACUCAAGGGUCUGGAAAGGGAUCAGUAGAGUCUUUAUAACUCAAAAGUAUCAAACUAAAAAUCUUUUAGAGAUGCUAAGAAGGGAAUUGUGCAUUUAUUAAGCACAUUUUAAACAGUUAAGCUAUUACAUGUGUAAUUUACCCCCAAAACAAAGCGAUACAAAUAUUUCUCCAAAGAUUUUAAACAGUUAUUGUGAGAUUUUUGAUCAUGAGGAUCCAAACUAUACAGCCAACAUUGAUAUUUAAAUGUCAAAAUGGAAAAAUCCCAUAUUUGUUUAAUAUGUGAUUCUAUGCUGUAGUUAAGGGGCAUUGGGGCUGUUUUUGGCAACAAUUAUGACCUAGUAGUCCCAUUUUCACAUAGGCUAAGUAAUCUAACUUUGGAGAUUUAACAGAAAUAUCUGCAUAAUAUGGUGUGCUAAGAUUUAAAAUAAUUAUUUUAUGGCUUUUAUUGCUUUUUGGCUUUUGAGAAGUAAAUGUGUUGUCAGUGUAGCUGCUUCUGGCACCAUGUACUCUUAUCUUGCAACCUUAGUAACAAAGUGACCCACAGAUAUGACCGUCGUGUGCUGUGGGAAUAAGUACUUAUCAUAUUUUUUUAGAGAAAGUCCAUGUACCUGUUUUAUAAGGAAGAGACAUUUAAGUAUUGGACAAAAAUUUUAAAUGCAUUCAUGAUGUUUAAAGUAAGAUUUCUGCUGCCUCAACAACUGGGAACUAAAACUGUUCUUUCUUAAUGUUUAGUGCAAGUUUAUAUAAAGUUAAAUCAGACAUUUUUUUAAUCCUUGAAUUUAGUUCCUCAUGUUCAUAAGUCUAAAACAAACUGCCAAAAUGGUCACAGGUGUUUUCAAAUGUGAAUUCUGGUUUACAGUGACUUUUAUUUUAUAAACAUCAGUGUCCUCCUUUUAUUUACCCUGUUUCGUACAAGGAAUAACAUCCUCGGGACAGUGGUGUCUUUAUUUUUAACCCACUGUCUUCUGAGUUUUUCUUAAAUUGUGUAUUUUCUAUGUUUUAAGGGAACAUUUUUUUGAUUAAGAACUUUUUCUUUUUUUUUGAGGGGAUGUUUUAGCGCUGUGUGAGGUAUGGGGACUAGAGCUGUUUGAAGGCAGGGGUGAAGUACUUUGUGUUCAUAUCCAGAGGAUGUUUUUGUUUUGAUGUAAAUAAUCCAAAUUCAAUAUUAAUAUUUAACUCUUACAACAAACUGCACGUUUUGUACACUGUAUAGAAAAACUCCAACUUCUCAAGGAAGUUGUUUAUACUGGAUCUUUAAAAGCGAGAAAACCUUGACAUUGUUGACUUGUUUGUACAGAGAUUUCCAAGUGACGAUUGAAACGGCUGAUGCUGAGUUUUGCGUCUUUCACUGACGAACAUGCCAGGAACAUGUUUUGAUAAACAAUAACAAGGCUACACUUGGCUGGCUAUGAAGUUGACUGUUACAUUUAGACAAAAAAUGUAUUUUUCCUGCAUUGUGAUAGAUUAUAAGCAUUUUUGAAUUGUGUAGAUUUCGUACACAGCAUUACAAGCACUACAGUGAGAAAACAACACUGUGCACAUUGCUUAAAAGCCUGUAAUGUUGUUGAUGUAAAUACUGCAUUUUAGAACACUUUUUUUAUAGAAAGUUGUUUUCAGGUAUGAUGUGUUUAUUCCUUUUUCUUUUUGAUAGGUUGGAUAUUUCACUCACAAAUAAUCAUUUAGUGUUGCCUUUUUCUCCCCAAUGACCAAAAUCCAAUGUCUUAUGUGUAUUGUACACAUUAAUCUUAGUGUCAGGGACGAGUAAACUUUUCUUAAUGCUGGCACACUUUGUACAUACAGACUUGUUAACGACACGCAAACCUCCAUUUACUCACAUGUACACGUAUACACUUGACUAAAACAAUUUUUAUAUCAACAGGGAAAUAAGUAUGGAUGCAUGUUUUUGAUAUAGAGCUACACAUGUACACAACCACACACAAGGGCUUUUAAAGUGCAAAGUUUGACAUCUGCAAAACAGGUUCAAUCAAGGUGGACUGGAUUUCCUGCCAGAAAUGGGCAAUGUUUACAUUUGCUGUAGUAUUCUGAAGCCUUCCAAUUAUGUACUGUCUUGCACUCCCUCACACGUUUAAACAUUGGUGACUUGUGUGGAUGCACUGAUUUCAACUAGCACUCCCCACCUAAUGAACUGAUAUUCACACUAACUGAUAAAUAAACUCCAUUCCUGACAGCCCGUGCUUUGAGCAUUGCAGACAAUCUUGCUUUCCGCCCUCUCUGAUGGCAGAGGUGCUCACCUCUGAUACAGGUGAACUGAUCUGCGUAUGCUCGAAGAGUUGAAACUAAUUUGAGGGUCUUCUUUUAAGAGAUGUUUUUCUCCUGCAGUGAGAUGUAAAGUGUUUUGUGCUUUGAUUUGCUUGAUUCAGUUGUAACUUUAUUAAAUAUACUCUGGUCAGGGGUAUGUAAGCCCUCCACUUUAGCAGCUAAUGCCCUUCACUAACCGUUCGCCUGGUUGAUCAUUUGGCAUUGAUAAUCAUGUUGUGUAAUGGACAAACUUAUCAAAUCUGUAGCCUGAUACUUAUAAGUGCCCAGUUUGUUUAACAUUGAAGUCAUAACCCACAGACCACUGUAUUGCAUGAUUGAAGAUGAUCACACUUGUAAUCAGAGGGAAUGAAUGUGUCAUUUUUCCUCAGUCUAGCAAUUACAUCAGUGAAUAAGGUUCUCAUAUCACUACAUAGAUCACAUCUAUAUGAUCUUAUGCAAUGUUACAAUUAUACAAUCGAAGUGUGAGGUUAAGGGGAUAGAUCUGUAUGGUCUUGCAUAAGGUUAACUCAAUAAAAAUGUUGUCAUUGA